AUGGCCUACUGGGAAGCUGUGGGGUCUUUCAUUGCGGACCAGGACAUUGAUACAGCUGACUACCUCCUACCUUUUUGCGGACUAGAUGGAAAUGGAGGUUCAAGCGUCAACCCUUGGAGCGGAGUCUCGGCUAUUCUGUUCCUUUAUAUGUCCAAAGUCGGAUCGAUAGCCAGGCAACUCCAUCAUUUGCGGAAGCUCUCUGCACCACUUUCCCAGAUAGUGGACGAGGCCCGCCAAAUACUUUUGCAGAAGGCUAGGUAUAUUGAAGCGUUAGUAUGUCGGCAUAAGUUACCGGGAACGGAAAGACUUGAAAGCACAGGAGACAAAUUUACUCCUGUCGGCCAUUUUCAAACCAUAGCCAGGGCUUACCGGCUUUCAAUCCUUCUGGAGCUCUAUCGAAUGUUUCCUGAAAUGACAAUCCAGGAAUCAUCGCUGUCAUUAUCGUUAUUCUCGGAGGAAGCACAGCGGCAUGUAAAAUGCCACGGUCAACUGCAUGGUUUGGCCAUUGACAUUAUGUCAUUGAUCGCAUCCAUCCCUGAGAACUCCGGAACUCGGGCUGUACAAACGCUGGCCCUUAUUAUCGCCGGCAGUACACUUCAUUAUAAUAGUACCGAGUAUGUUGACAACCCACAGGACAAAGACUUUAUUGAGUUGCCCUUCGGUACAAAGGAGGUGAUUCUAUUUUGGCGCUCGUUUGCAACGUCUCGGCUACAUAACUUGUCUCAGUAUGUAGGGUUGGACACCGUACGCCGCGCUCAUAUGAUUGUUGUGGAAACGUGGGAACGAGAAGAACAGAGAACUUGGCAGUCGAUGAAGAACUCGACGAAUCUCAGCACCUCAAGUGUACAUUGGAUUGACGUGAUGUCUGAUAAAAGAUUAGAAACACUGCUAGGAUAA